GUGGGUAGUAACAGUGAGUUGGAGUUGACCAAAUAUGCUUCUGCUUUGUUCAACAGGAAGGAAGGAAGAAACAUAGUUUAAGUUUUAAGCUUCUUGGUAACUGAGAUAUUAUUAUUUUUAUUAUUAUUGAUUAUAUAAGCAGUCACUUCAUCUCCUAUGUUCUCUUCCCCAUCGCAAUUUUCCCUCUUUUUCUUUUCAUUUCAAGGGAGCAUUCAGAUUGUUAUAUAGCUUUGAGUCGGGUUUUUGAUUCCGUAAAUAGAGUUUAAAAUGAAUCCAAAAGGAGGCUUAUGUGCUAAUUACUUCAAAACGUCCUCAGAACCUCCCUUUUUCUAUGGUUUCGGAAUUGAAUUACCUUUCAAUGAAUUCAACCCUCCCUCUCUUCCAAUCCAAUCUGUACUUCCAGGUCAAUCUAACACAGAUGUUGAGAUCCCUGACCAAGAAAAUUGUCCACUAAGUGACUCAUCAAAUACCAGCAAGCUCCAAGAUUGGAAUCCAGGUGCAAUGUUGAACAAUCUUUCGUUCCUUGAAGAAAAGAUUCAUCAGCUCCGGGAUCUAGUGCAUUUAAUUGUCAAUAAAAAGUGCCAACCCUUUGGACAAUCUCACGAACUAGUGACUCAGGAACAGCAGCUCGUCACAGCUGAUCUUACAUCAAUUAUUGUUCAAUUGAUCUCUACUGCUGGAAGUCUUCUUCCCUCUGUUAGGCACACCCUCACUACAAAUCCCUUGGUUGGCCAGAUUGACCAGCUUCAUGGGAUUAACCUCCCUUUUGGAUCAGAACCAAGUACUGGCAUUAACCCACAAAAUAAUAGUGGAAAUAAACUGUUCGAUAAGUCCACUCCGAAUGAUCUACCAAAUACUUGUGAAAUGGAGCAAAACUAUAACAUGGAAGAACACGAGCCAAAAGAUGAAGAAGAUGUGGAUGAGGGAGAGAGUCUUCCACCCGGUUCCUAUGAGAUUUUACAGUUGGAAAAAGAAGAAAUUCUUGCCCCUCACACACAUUUCUGUACAAUAUGUGGGAAAGGAUUCAAGAGGGAUGCAAAUCUCCGAAUGCACAUGCGUGGCCAUGGUGAUGAGUACAAAACCCCUGCAGCUCUUGCAAAACCGCAUAAAGAAACCGGGUCCGAACCGAAGCUUAUCAAGAGGUAUUCCUGCCCCUAUGCCGGCUGCAAGCGUAACAAGGAUCACAAGAAAUUCCAACCACUAAAGACUAUUUUGUGUGUCAAAAACCACUACAAGAGAACGCACUGUGACAAGAGCUAUAUUUGCAGCAGAUGCAACACCAAGAAGUUUUCAGUCAUGGCAGACCUUAAAACUCAUGAAAAACACUGUGGCAAGGAUAAAUGGCUCUGUUCUUGUGGCACAACAUUUUCAAGGAAAGACAAGCUUUUUGGACACAUUGCUCUUUUCCAAGGCCAUACACCGGCUAUUCCUUUGGAUGACACCAAAGCAGUGGCCGAGCCACCUGAUCCCCAGAACCGAGAAUGCAGCAGCAAUAAGGUAGGAAGUGUGAACUUCUGUUUUGGAUCAAAGCCUUCAAGUGAAAAUGUAGUUCAAAACAUGAUGGAUAUGAAAGGUAAUAUUGAUGAUCCUGUGAAUUAUUUCUCGUCGCUGAACUUCGAAGGCUGUAACUUUGGGUCGUUUAGUGAAUUCCCUCAAACUCCAUUUGAAGAUUCAGAAGGUUCUUUCUCUUUUCUCAUGUCAGGAUCCUUUAAUUAUGGUACUAAAUUUGGUGGUGGUGAAUCAAGUUCCGACAAUCUGUUGUGACAGUAUAUGAUGAUGUUACUCUCUCCAUAAUGUCUCUGUUUUCUUUUUCCCCUGUUAACAAAUAAUCCUUUUGUUUUUGUCAAAUUUAUAAAACCAGAAAAAGUCAUGUACUCCCCAUUUCUUUACAUUAAAUGUUUCUUAUUUAUAACUUCA